AUGCUGACUAGAUUGAACAAGUCUUUGGAGUGGAAUGACAGUUUAUUGGAUCCUAGUUCCGAUUUAUAUCGAAAUUAUUCAGCUGAAAUUUGUAAUUUGCUUUUGGACAGCAUAUAUUCAACUUAUAUUGAGGGAAUAAUCAAUGUUAAUUGCACAGUUGUUGGCUUCUCGCGUGGAUCAGUUGUUGGAAAUGCAGUAUUAGUCAUCGACCAUAGUAGCACAAGUGGGAAUUUCUCAUCGACUGAAGUGACAAAAGACACUGUUCGCAAUGCUGUUGUGGCAUACAUAGCAGAAAUGGUUGCCAAUGGGUCGGAGCAAGUGUACUUCGAUACAUCAAGUGGCUUGACAGUAGAAACUGUAAUCCAUGUGGCAACCACUGAGGUGAUCACUGAAUCUCAGAAUAUCGAAGAUAACAAGACUACGGAAGGCAACCUCACGAAAACAGUAGUAAUCGCAGUCUCAUCAAUGCUGACUAGAUUGAACAAGUCUUUGGAGUGGAAUGACAGUUUAUUGGAUCCUAGUUCCGAUUUAUAUCGAAAUUAUUCAGCUGAAAUUUGUAAUUUGCUUUUGGACAGCAUAUAUUCAACUUAUAUUGAGGGAAUAAUCAAUGUUAAUUGCACAGUUGUUGGCUUCUCGCGUGGAUCAGUUGUUGGAAAUGCAGUAUUAGUCAUCGACCAUAGUAGCACAAGUGGGAAUUUCUCAUCGACUGAAGUGACAAAAGACACUGUUCGCAAUGCUGUUGUGGCAUACAUAGCAGAAAUGGUUGCCAAUGGGUCGGAGCAAGUGUACUUUGAUACAUCAAGUGGCUUGACAGUAGAAAAGACAACUGAAUUAAGCAAAACGACUUUCAGUACGAAAAAUAUACUAGAACUAUCAAUGACAGUGGAGGUUUUAAUAGGAAAUCAACAAACAAAUUGGAAUUCCGAACUGUCUAACAAAUUUUCUGAACUUUACAACAGUACUGCUGAAAACACCUGUGCUUCGAUAAAAGCCAGCCCUCGAUAUAUUACAUCAAUACAAUACACCGUACGUACUUGUACUGUUCUUCGUUUUUAUCCGGGUUCUGUGAAAUCUGAUGUACAGAUAAUUGUAGAAUACAUAAAUGACCUCAAUGUGACUCAAACACAAAUUCUGCAAGCAAUUCAGUUGGUUCGCAAUUAUAUGUAAUAGAUCUGUUAAAAAAUCAGUCAAUCGAUUCCAAUCGUAUAAUAUCACUUAAGUUAAUUAUGCAAAAAGAAACUUGUAGUACGAUCGCAUCAAAAUGUUCACCACAUGCUCAAUGCAUCGAGAGGUCUGACGGUGCCGUUUGUGUAUGUAACCCAAUGUGGAUAGAUUUAAACAUGCAACAGCCCGGAGAACAGUGUAUAAUAAGUCCAACUGUAAUAGCGCUAAUUGUUAUUGGAACAAUCCUAAUCAUAAUAAUAUUUGCCGCAGGAAUAUACUUUGCUCUUCGUACAGGCAGAAAUGGUCAACGUUUUAUACAUUCAUUUGCUUAGCAAAUAAAUAUAAUUUAAUAAUACUCAUUAUACAUAGAUCCGAAAAGAAAAU